AUGGAGAAGAACGCGCCAACCCCGCCGGCGGACGAAGCGCCUGAAUCCAGUACGGCAGCGCAGCAGCCCAUCCUCCCGCGAGAUCGCCAGGCACGGACUGCUACCUACGACUAUGCGUAUGAGAAGUCAAUGAGCCAUGCAGAGGCACGGCUUUUCUACCAGAGGCACCAGCUUGCCUCCCGCAGUGUAGAUGGUGACAUUCCGCAGAGCCCUGAUAUUCCUGCACGAUCAAUCCCGGCCCUACCUAACCACGGCCCAACGUCGGGAAGUAACUUCGAUAACGAGUCGAUUAGCAGCAUGCUACCUGGGCCGUCGUACUCGGCGACGUCGACUCCUCCUGCAAACUCGCAGCAAAUGCGGCGAGAGAACAGCAGUUUCAGCAUCGCAGAGCGGUCUGCUAGAGCUCAUGUCCUGCCAGCGGUGGGCAUGCCUGGUGAUGCCUCACACAGCGCUAUUCAAGGAAAUGUUGGCAUGAGCGUUGGAACUGGAAUACCAUAUGCCAUGGGAGGCUAUGCGCCUAAUGAUGGGGCAAUCACAGCUGAAUUGAGUGCCAUAUGCCGCAAGAUACAGGGGCUGCUGGAUACCAGACACAAGUAUAUGCGACUCUCGUUCCAGCGACCGGGUGACAAUCCCAAGGAUGAGCCUGGUUGGGUCAUUUACCCUCCUCCGCCAGAGCCAGCGUGGGAGGAAGAUAAAGAACGGCUUGGAACUGGGAGCAUGUCUAGCAGCUUCGUCAUGGCUGCGAAGGGAGGGUCCAAGCAAGGUGAAUCAGAUGUAGCCCCGUCUGCGAGUUCUGCUAAGAAGAAGCGAAAGCCUGGUCAGGAUAUCGGCGAGGACUUUGACAUGGACGACCUGCUUCCGUUACCUGAAGCGUCGAGCAUGACUUUCAAACUGGAUGACAACAGUGUGUACCAGGUUUAUGAAACCAAAGCCGCCUGUGACCUGAACCAGCCUGUCAUUCAGAUCCCUUCCAUCCGCGAUUUCUACAUGGACCUGGACGGCGUGCUUGAUGUGUCUACGGAUGGCCCUGUCAAAUCAUUCGCCUUCAAGCGCUUAUCUUACUUGGAGGGUAAGUUCCAGCUCCAUACGCUGCUGAACGAGUACCAGGAACUCGCGGACAGUAAGAAAGUACCACACCGAGACUUCUACAACGUCCGCAAGGUUGAUACCCACGUGCAUCAUUCAGCAUGUAUGAACCAGAAGCAUUUGCUCAGGUUCAUCAAGAGUAAGAUGAAGAAGUGCCCGGACGAGGUGGUGCUUUUCAGAGACGGAAAGCACCUGACCUUGAAGGAGGUCUUUGAGAGCAUCAAUCUUACAGCCUAUGAUUUGAGUAUUGAUACUCUGGAUAUGCAUGCGCACACGGAUUCGUUCCACCGGUUUGACAAGUUCAAUCUCAAAUACAACCCUAUUGGCGAGUCUCGUCUCCGAGAAAUCUUCCUCAAGACGGAUAAUUACAUCAAGGGAAGAUAUUUGGCCGAAAUCACUAAAGAGGUGAUUUCUGACCUCGAGUCAAGUAAAUACCAGAUGGCAGAAUGGCGAAUCUCCAUCUACGGCCACUCCCUGGGAGAAUGGGACAAACUGGCCGCCUGGGUUGUCGACAACAAGCUCUUCUCUCCCAACGUUCGCUGGCUGAUCCAGGUGCCUCGGCUCUAUGAUGUGUUUAAAUCGAGUGGUAAGGUAGGGAACUUUGAAGACAUUGUUCGCAAUGUCUUCCAGCCCUUGUUCGAAGUCACGCAGAAUCCAAACAGCCAUCCGAAGUUGCACAUCUUCCUGCAGCGCGUGGUUGGCUUUGACAGCGUUGACGACGAGAGCAAGGCGGAGAGGAGACUGUACCGCAAGUUCCCCGUUCCUAAGCAAUGGGAUACUAAGCAGAACCCGCCUUACAGCUACUGGAUCUAUUUUAUGUUUGCAAACAUGGCGUCACUCAACACCUGGAGGAAACAGCGCGGAUUCAACACGUUUGUGCUCCGUCCGCACUGUGGAGAGGCCGGAGAUCCAGACCAUCUUGCCUCAGCUUUCCUGUGCUGCCAGGGCAUCUCACACGGAAUCUUGCUCCGUAAAGUGCCGUUGCUGCAGUACUUGUUCUAUCUCGACCAGAUUCCGAUCGCCAUGUCACCCUUGAGCAACAACGCACUGUUUCUAAGCUACGAUAAGAACCCGUGCGCUAAUUACUUCCGCAAGGGCCUGAAUAUCUCGCUCUCCACUGACGACCCGCUCCAGUUUGCCUUCACCAAGGAACCGCUGAUCGAAGAAUAUUCCGUUGCCGCACAGAUCUACAAGCUUAGUGCUGUUGACAUGUGUGAGCUGGCCAAACACAGUGUAGACCAGAGCGGAUUUGAGCUGGCGUUGAAGCAGCGCUGGCUGGGGAGUAAGUGCCAUCUACCCGGGCUGGAGGGGAACAACAUGGCGAAGAGUAAUGUGCCGGACCUACGAGAGGCGUUUAGAUAUGAGACGCUGACCGGAGAGCUAUCGCUGCUCGACCGCUAUGCAUCCGCCACACCGAACAACACCCACACCCCAAAGACACUAACCAAGGUUCCUUCAUUCUCCUACCUGAAAAACAACAAUAAUAAUAAUAAUGAGGAGGCCCCGUCCUCCAGCGCUGCCCCGGGCCCCAGCAGCGGUGCUCCAGAGCAUGGGGGUGCAACACCAGCAGUGGCUGCUAACACGCCUGGGCGCCAUCCAUCGCAUUCAGAUGUAGAGUCGCACGCGCACUCAAGCAAGCCCCAGACCGCCAGUGGCACGCCACAGGAGCACGGCUUUAGCUCGAUGCCAGCGCAGGCGAUAUUCCCGGGAAUCGUGCAUGCGCGCGCUCGCAAGGAUAGCACCUUUUCACGGACUUCCGAGGAUGGAGCGGCUUCGGAGGACGCACAUGAGCGGUCUUCGGCGCAGGGAGGACACAUCUGGCGCUCAGAGGACAUGGACAGCGACGACGACUGA